AUGAAUAAACCAUCAACAGAUGUCGAUCCGUCUGGUACGUCGGCCAGCAUUCAUUCGCAGAAAACGACAAGAUCUAUCGAUGAUACAAACAACAAUCACAAGACAUCUCCUAUGAGUACGACAGCAGAUUCGGGUGAUUUUUUCCGUUGGACUCGUGGCCAUCGACAUGUCAUGUUAACAUUUUGUACGAUCUGUUUGUUUGGUUUUAUGACCGGUGUGGAAUACGCAGUUAUACUUCCUACCGCAUUCGAUUACGUUAAAACCAUGGCCAAUGCUAACAUUUAUGUUGGUUUAAUUCUUUCCGCAUAUAGUAUAUCAGGUUCGAUAACUGGAAUCAUUAUGGGCAAAAUCUCGGAUGUUACAGGGAAAGUGAAGUUUCUUAUAUUAAUCUCGAGUUUAUUCGAAAUCGCUGGAAAUAUACUUUAUUUUGCCGGAGGUAAUAUUCAGCUUGUUCUUCUGGGACGAUUAGUAGCUGGUGUUGGAAUGGGUGCGGUGCCUCCCAUUCUCGCUGAUGUUGCCCAUCGGACAACAGAACACGAGCGAACCAAAGCGAUUUCAAUUAUUCUUGGCUGUCGACAGCUUGGCCUCUUAAUCGGACCAUGUUUUACUCUACUUAUUCGUUUGAUGAACUUUCAUAUAGGAUCUGUUCGUGUUUAUAACUUGAAUGGUCCGGGUUUUCUGAUGGCUAUCAUUUGGCUUAUCUUAGUUAUUGUUUGUUGGUCUUGUUUCCACGAUCGAACAACAGGCCCGAACUCGCAAAAUACUUCACAUAAAGACAAAUUUUCUAAAUCCGAUCAUUACUCUCGACAAGACGAGCAGAAAAUUUCCUUUAAAACCUAUCGCGAACAGUACAUACGCAUAGAAAUGAUUGUUCUGUUCGUAGCAACAUUUAUAACCUAUUUUAAUCAAACCGCUUUAGAAACUAUCGUUGCGGCGUACACAGAAAAACAUUUUAAAUGGACUGUUGUUCAUACGUCUAUUUUGUUUGCUUUUGCCGGCCUAGAAAUUCUCCUCGUUUAUUUAGCACUCGUUAAAAUCUUCACCAAACGAUAUGAAGAUCGCAUUUUACUCGUAUUCGGCUUUUUAUCGUUAUCACUCGCUUGUAUAGUUGGUACUUUUCUCACAUGGGGAACUCACUCAUUCAACUUGUUCUCCCGAACAAGUGCAAAUGGUGUAAAUACAAAUUUACUCGCGCUAUUUAUUACGUUUGUGAUUCUUGAUCUACUUGGUUUACCAUUUAUCGCAGCAACCAGCGUAUCACUGUUUACGAAGUUGACAAAUAAACAAUUGCAAGGCUUUUCACAAGGGAUCCAACGAUCGAUUAUGGGAAUCGGCACAAUCGUCGGUCCAAUCUUCGCUUCAUCACUUCUAAACCGUCUACAUAUCAUGAUGACCGCAAUGCUCAUACUAACAUUAUUCACUUCCAUUUCAAUCCUUAUCGUUAUCAGGCGUUUACUUCCAUUAGCUGAACAAACUCAAACAGAUGGAUUAGAAGACAUCAAUAACAAUAUACACAAUCAUCAUAUACUAUCAUCGAAAACUGAUAAUAAUCAAUCGGAAUUAGGACUGAUUUUACCAUCGAAGAAUUCUUAUACAACGCUUAUCCAACAUGACGAUGAUGAUGUGUUUCUAAGAACAAAAAGUCAGUCGAAUGGUGAUCGCCAACAUCGGACAUCAAACCAUCAAAAUAAGAUCUAA